GUAACCGUUACGGCCACAACGAGCGCGACGAUGAUGCGCAGUGAGUUGAAGCACGUUGUCGCGGACUCGCGGACGUCGCAGGAGUUGGAACCCCUUCGAGUUCCAGUCAAACUCCAGGAUCGGUUCGAGAGAGCCCACAAACGCAUGGCCAACAAAGACGGCUUUCUCUUUACGUCGGCCGCGACGCCCUCGCGCGAGUCGGCCAAGAAGCACCUCCCCGACGUGAUUUUGCGCAACAAGAUGAUGGCGUUCGAGUCCAAGUGGCAAUGUACCAACAAAUCGUCCUUGCUGUACGAUCCCCUCGACGCAUCGUUUGAACGGCUGUCCAUGGAGGAGCGAGAAGAGGUAAUGAAUCGCAUUCAGACGCGGGUGGAACGCAUUACAGACGCCGUGGAAGACAAGUACCGUCGAAAGAAACAACAGCUCGACGACCAAGGUGUGUUCGAUCCCGCCAUCAACACUCGCCGGGUGCAAGCCAUGUACCUCGUGGACCUCCAACGCCAGUGCAACCUUGAUCUUCUCAAAACCCAAGUGUUGCAAGAGUUCGACCAAGAACGUCAGCCGCUGUUUGCCGGGUCGUUUGGACAAAAGCCGUCGUCAGCAACCGCCCCAGUUCACGUGUUGGGCACGCUCCUCCAAGAUGCGGAGCCCCCUAUUCAAGAACUAAGGGGGUCGAAGAAGCUGCAACGUCUGCUGCGAUCCCAUUCCAUGGCCAAAUCCACGUCUGAACCGCUCCUGGAACGGCGGAAAUCGGUGCGCAGUGGCUCCAUCACCGUUGCGACGCCGUCCAACAAUACCCCUUCGAAUACAGGGGCGUCGCACACUGCGGCUGCGGAUGUAGCCACCCCACCAGUUGCGUCCUCCAACAACCCCCCACCACCUGGGCGAGCCUCGCAGUCGGAUAAUGAUCCAAGGCAUGUGGCCAUGGCGCGGCAUCCUGAGAUUGUGUCGGUGGUGGCUUCGCUACGUGCUACAGACGCUGUCGCGAAACUGCUUAAAAAGCGCUCCAAGACGGCGUUUCGACCAGGGCAGGACAUGGCAGCGAAACCGGACAACGCAGUCGAUGAAUGGAAGGACCAAGUGGACCUGUUUGGGCAGAUUGGCGCACGGUGCAGUGCGUCGCUACGCCGUCGAGCGACCGCCCAACUAGCAGAUAUCACCGCCACGCCCCCUUCGUUUCCGCAGCUUUGGAGCCGCCUGGCCCCGUUCACAGCCGACCUGCGAGAAAGACGUUCUAAUGCAAAAUCGAACGCUGCGACUCUCCAGUCAUCGACCCAACCUUCCUAUGCAAACGACAGUCGUCCAGCCGACGAACGGCUCAGCACUCGCAAAGCCACGACCACCGCCCAAUACUGUCAAUGGCAAGACGCGAUCGGUCGCCGCCGAAGGAAACUCGCCAAGUUAGCCAACGACGCGACCUCGGUGGUCAAUAGCACUGUUUCGGGCCAGCAACAACCUACCCCCGCCAACACUACAGUGCCAGACUCCACGGCAUUGCCCCCGGCACUGCAAAGACGCCCAAGUACGAUCCUCGACGACCGCCAAAACAAGCACGCCCGACGAAAGCCCACGGUGGCGUCCGGGAUGGUGAUCGGCCGGCCUCGAGAGGUGGCAUCAGGAUUGAAGCACACGACAAAGCGCGUGCUUCGUCGGCAGAUGACGGCGAUUUCGUGGGAAUGGCUGACUCCGGAACCCAUCAAGCCUUCACCCCCUCCUACGACCAAGGCAACUCCCCCUGUUGCAGCCGCCGCCAACGAACAACCAAACCAAGACACAAACACGUCGCCUGCACGAGGCGACAAGUCCCCAGGUCCACAUCGCUCUAGUAUCUUGGUACACCACCAAAACAAUUCGAUGGUCGACAGCCAUGAGGUGCUGCAGCGUCGACUUGAAGAGGUGUGGCUUCGCCUUGGCAUGCCGUACCAUCUGAAACUCAACAUGCUCGAGAAAUACGCGAGCCACGACGGCGCCGGGGCGUUGCACACUGCGAUUGAUCUGUGGGAAGCUGCGACAGAUAUGGUUGUGCUGCGGGAAGCGCUCGUGGUGAUGGGGACCCAUGCCCAACGCGACUUGGUGCCCGAAGAGCUGGAAUUAUACUGGACGCAACUCCAAGCGUGUAGCAGCAUGCUGCUGCCAUUGCCAUCGAGCAUGCCAACCAUGCAAGUGUUUGGGCCAUGGGUGGAAUCGUUGGUGCCGUUGGUGACCGCCAAAUGCCGACAAGCGAUCGAGGCGCUGGGGGCAGCAACGGGAGAUGUGCUAACUUACGAUGGGGUAGUCUAUUUAGUCGAUGAAGUGCAGGACAACGGAUAGGACAUGCCGGGGGCAAAAUCACGAUUUUCUAGCUGCAAGGGAGUUGAUAUCAAGCUAACACUACAGUACAAUGUUGAUAGUUUCCACACGAA